AUGUGGGAAAAUCUACAAGAUUCCCAUCACACCUUGCUCAAGGCCGCUAUUACAAUACCGUUAUCCCAACCUCGAACGCCAGCAGACAUUACAACGAGAGUCGUCCGAAUCGGUAUCCAUCUUCAAGUCGUGAAUUCAUCAAUCGUUAUUCCCAUCCCAACGCCUUCGACUCCGUUAAACUCAUGCAACUGUCCUUCCUCUCAAUGGAAUCCGACUUCCUAUGAGAGGAGAAGACCAUCCGCCGCCGCCACUGCCCUUGAUUCCCCUUCUCCCUCUGCCCUAGGCUUAUCUUUACAAGACUCCUCCAGCACGGCCAGCCUCUCACUCUCUUGCUUCCCUGGCAAGUUCGUCCCUCAUCCCAUCGUCGACUUUCCACAUACAGUCAUCCCAUCGAGCCAUCUGGAAUUCCGCCAUGUCACACAGCAACGAUUCUCGCCGAUGUUCGCAGAAGGGACACAGACACUCCACUCGCAAUGUCCGAUAUGGAUGGGCAAAGAUCUCGCAUGGUGGCUUCGGGCUCUGAGGUGCAGUUGGAGUCCGUGGACGAGAUCGAGCUGUUGGAAUCGUGUCUGGCGUGUUGCACUCGUCCAUCUCCAGCUGAGCCUGGCUGCACCGCAAUAUGGCCGACUUCGAGAACGUGCUGUGACCGCAGGUCGCAUAGAUGACUCGGGAGUGACAGCACAUUGUGGCGGUUGGCCCUUGGUUCAACGGAUUUAUGCCAAGAACAGCAGGCUGUGCCGUAUCGGUGCGGCGAUGAGACACCACGAGACGAAGUCGGUAUGGGAGGUGGAGGGAGUGGAAGAUGUAAUAUUGAAGGUGAAAGUGCUGGAAGCCGACAGCCCCGCCCGUGAGGAAUCCAGGUUGUCGGCGUCCACGCGAACCUUGGAUCGGACAAAGUGGGAGUCUGAAGGCGAGGAUGAACCAGGCAAAAUACCAAACCAGACACUACUUCUCUUCUGGCGCAACGGUGUGCGAGAUUGCUAUGCGAUCUCAAAAGCAGUUCAGGUCUGUCUUGAGCUUCUGGUGAUGAAGCCCUGGAGCUGGAUUUGCUGUACUUGCUACGCCGAGAUGCCGCUCGUCGCGACUGACACACGUAUCCGGCGCUUAUGGUUACCACGUACUGAAGUCACUGGCCGUAGUGUGUGCGCUCAGGUUCCUACUAUGACCUCUGGCCGUCUAUCUUGCGUGUUGGCUGAACGGCGCCGCCUGAACCAAGAGAACAUCGACGACGAUGAUAGGCCUGGUGUCCGAGCUUUCGUCUAUCUUGAAAAGCUCGAUCUGGUAGGCAAGGUCUUCGAUCAAGUCGACCUGUUCGACAGAGAUCUUCCUCAGAUGCGUCGGAUAAAAGUCGCUCGGAGACUCUGCGAGGAAGGAAGCAGGCUUGUCGUCACCCUCGUUCUUGAUGCGAUAUUCUUGGAUAGGUUCACAGUCCGGUGCAGUGAUGGUGGUUUCCACACUGUCAACGCUGGAGAUGCUGUCGAAGCUGGCCCACUGCCAGAUGGCGAGCUGUCGCGUGAAUCUGGCGGCCUGGCCAAGAAACUGUCGAUGAGCUCUCUUCCUUGGUCGCAAUUCGAGAUGCUCGACGUCGGACCAGGACAGCUGCACAGCGUGCGUUCUCCGGUGAUGGCUGCGAGUUCGGCGAUGCGCGCUUUCGCUCUUGUCCCGGCUCAGGCUCGAAUCGAUACCGAGAUUGGAUGCCUUGGAGGCCGGAAUGCGCUGCUGAGGGAGAGGCUCAAUCAACUGCUGCUGCAUUCGAUCCCCACGUGCUCCGUGGCGGGGAUUCUUUGGGGCCGGAUGUUGAAUGGAUUGCUCCGGACUUCGUCAGCUUGUCCGGACGAGCCGAGUCCGAUGCUGGGCAGCGGAGCCGAACUGGAUAUGGUCUGCGACUGGCACAGAGACCGGCUGAGCAAUGAUAUGACAAUAAUGGAGUGGGCGGAAGCAUUGGAGAGUCACGGCGGGGCCAGUCACCGCCUUAUCCGUCGCUCGAGAGUCCGGCCUGCACGCCGAGAAUGCCUAUUUUCCACACAGCUUGCUAAGGAAAGCAGAACUACUUUGCCAGGACGUGGAAAGGGCUGCAUAAAGGAAAUUGCGCGCUCCAGAUAUAGAACAAAGUGCGGGAAGAACCUUAGCUGGACCGAUGAAGUAAAUGCCGAGGCAGAGAAGGACACAUUUGCGAAUAUCGAACGCGGAACAAUGCUUAGGAACAAAGCUGUUAUCGGUGUUUGGUAUGGACCAUGCGAACAGACGAUCAAAGCUCUAAGCCUGAGCCGUUUACCACUGAGUGGUAUCGCAGUCCCUAGUGUUGCACCCGCUUUCACGGCUGUACCUUAUACAUAUCUUGUACCUGAGUCUGGCUCUCAAUCCUUGAAGAAUACAAGGGCCCAGGCUCCCCAUCGUCGAUCUUUCGCAGACUCGCAGACACAUGACAGGACAACCAACCUCGUGAUGAGCGCACGAUCCGCAGAGUGCCGGGCAAGUGCACGGUUGGUAUGCAACGACCACGGACCCGACAAUAGCAGAUGCCUCUUUGGCAACCACAAAAAAGAACCACAUAGUGUGUGUGGUAAGAAGCCUCAGGACGAACGCCUGUUUGGCCAGUGGAACAGUAUCCGCUAUAACGAUCAUCCGGCGAACGAUACUUUUCGCUGGCAUAUGCUUAGUUCUUUUCUGCGGACUCGGCACAUACCUGCGCCGAGUUGA